AGCACUUUUAUCACUUUGUACUGGUAUGUUCCGAUAGCAAAAUAAUAACAAUACUAAUAGUAAUAGUAAUCAAUCCAGAGCAGUCUUUUAUAAGGAGGGGGUGGAAUCCGCGUGGGAUUUAUUUUAUUGCUUAAGUUAAAUCGAUCACUGAAUAUUUAUUAAAAUAUGGACUUUUAUGAUCAAAAUAAUCCAGCGUCGAACACUACCAUCCCUACUGAAAACUGGACAUCUGUUUACUCAGCAGUUCGAUGGAUUCAAAUGAUCAUGGCUGUCCUAAGCAUCUUAGGUGCUGGCUCCAUAAUCAUAUAUGCCACAUCUCAUAGACUAGUUAGAAAACCAGAGGUGCUACCAUUAUUCUUGCUAAGUUUAACAGACCUACUGUUAGCUUUGAGUUGGAUGUGUGGGGGUCUUCUCUUCACCCAGUCCUGUGACUCCUACGCCACCUGCUAUAACCUCCACAUAGUGGAACAGACGCUGUAUAUGGCAUCUUUCUUUUACACUCUACACUAUGUUUGGGUGUUGUACACUGGACUGAACAGGAAGUAUUACAGGAGACUGAAUGGUUUCCCAGCUGAGCAUCCAGCAAAAGCAAGAAAUUGGAGAUGUUUGGUGCCAGUACUGUUAUGUCUUUUACCUUUAGUGCUCAUGGUGCCUGUCUUUGUAGCAGGAAAUGUGUUUCAGUGUUACACAAACUUCACCCAGCCCUACAGAUGUUUGCUGAUGCAUACGGGCGCUGUGUAUCUCACUUCAACUACAACAACAGAAGUCACAGCAUGUAGUGUCAUCCAAAUCUACUGUAUGGCCAUCUUCCUUACCACCUUCUUCCUCACUUUCAUCGGCAUCACGACUCUUAUGUGUAAAGCUCGGCCACUGUACAAGCGUGUGGUCACGUCUCAAGGUUUUUUUGGUGACCAUCAUUGGGCAACCAUGCGUAUCCUAGAACGACGUAUGCUGCUCUAUCCCUCAGUCUUCUUCUUCUGCUGGAGUCCAGCAAUACUGCUGGCCACUAUGAUGCUGGUGAAACCUGAUGUCAUAGAAGGAAGGAUAGGAGUCAUCCUCUACAUCCUGCAGGCCUUAACAUCUGCAUCUCAGGGUCUGUGGAACUGCCUGGUUUACGGCUGGACGCAACAACACUUUCGAUCUCUCAGCAGUAGUACCUUCCGUGAUGCUAACACGCAGACUCCCCUGUUACGCUCGCAGAAAGAAAACUAUGCUACUUUGCAUUCUGGUGGCUCACUCACUAAUGUUGUCUGACAUAAAGACACAUCAAGAUAAACCUCUAGCAUAUAGUGCCAUGUCAUAAAAACAUUUCUCAUUUGUUGCAAGUACACUGUCAACCAAUUCUGAGUUUUUCACAGAUGUCUGGCACAGAUCGGAUCUUGCUGUGUGAGUGUAAAUGGUAAAAACACUUGCCAUACAAAUUGGUUCACUUUUAAUUGUGGUUCAAAAUCCGAUACUUAUGAAACAUCUGGUCAUCUAACUCAAGUCAAAACACUCAUAUCCGACUCUCCUUUUAAUUCGUGAUUUUUCGUCAUUGUUACAUGACAGAAGCUCAGGUAAAGUUACUGAAUGCAUGGAAAUUGACACCAUUGGCAAGUGAGCGUCAAGAGCAAGCGCGAUCUUCAGCCAUCUUGGUUUAGGAAGUGUUUUCCCCAUUCAUUUCUUCCUUUUGGAUUUCCAAAAAUUCUUCAUAAAAGAGUUCAAAGCCAUGAACCAAACCAAACAGCUCCUAUAGGUGAAUCACAAUAUUACACACUUUGAUUUGAAGCAAAAAAGAUUUUGAAAAUCAAACAAAAAGUCAAAAGGUACAAGAAUGUGCACUUAACGUCUUUAAGGGGGAAUGAACUACAAUCCCAUGAAGCAUUGCGAAUGAUGAAAUCAAAAUAACAAAUGGAACAAUGGAAUAUAUAAAACUAUUGAUUUAAAGUUGAGUGGGCAGUCGCUAUAGAGCUCUUUUGGCGUGCUUUGUUGGUCGCGACUCUGAUUGGUGGAUCUUAUCAGUGGGAUCAUGGGUAGUGUAGUUUGCACGGUUUAUUUUUAUUGAUUUAUUUUAAAAUUAAGUUGAAAUAAAGUGGACUGCAUAUACCAUUGAUUAACAACCUUGGAGCUCACAUUUGGUCUGCUUUUAAAUGUUAAUAAAAAUAUACAUUUAUAAAAAUGAAUGGGAUGUUCACUUCUGAAAAAGAGGGACGAAACCGCACUACUCAACCGAACCAGACAGCGUGCGGCAAUGUUAACGCAAACCCUCAAGACAGCGGCGGGAAAAUCACUUACCGUCACAGUCGGUUAUGGCUGAAUGUAAUGGGACAAGAUGGGAAGAAAAAUCAGAAAUGUGUCAAUAAAUGUGCUGUUCUUCAAGCAUGAUGUAAACAAAACCAUACAAUGCUGAUAAACAUCUGAAACCAGCCUAAGCUCUUCAAGAUCUUCAAGGUUAAGUUUUGAUGCCACAGUUGGAACAAUGUAUGCGUCUGUCAUAACAACACCAGGUGGUAGAUAAGAGUGCCUGUACCACAAAGGGUCUUGGUUUUGUUAAGAGAUUUUAGAUGUAGUAGCACCUGGUGUAGAGGACUCCACCCCAAGAAACUGUUGCAUCAACCCUCUUCUACAAUAUGUGCCAGUUAACAUUUGCCAAGACACAGUCAAGACUGACAACUGUUGAAAUGUAAAAAAGGGAAAGACCAAAGGGGGAGUCCAGCUAGAGGGAAACAGCUCUGAAACAGGAUCUGAGAGCACAAUACUGCUGCUUUCCAUCCAAUUUUGUUUUUUUUAAAUACAUAAAUAAAUGUGCUGUACACUCCCAUGCACAGUUCGGGUAUUAACAGUACGUACUGUAGUGCAGGUAUAAAUGACCACUAAAGGGAACCAGAGACAGAAUUUCCUCUUCAUAAACAAUACACUUAUUGUUCACUCGUACCGCACCUGAUUUGUCAGUAAAAAUUAGUAUUGACUAAUAAUACUAUUGUUAUAAGACCAUUCAAAGUAGUUCUUUUUGCUUGAAAAUGUGCCAAUUGGAGAAUAAUGCUGUUAUUGUUGGUGAAUGUUUUCUGUUGCAAAAACAGAUGUAUAUAUCUUAAAUCUUUCUCCAUUACAGAAUAACAUAACUGCAUCUUACGUUUCUUUUAAACUAAAAACGAAAUAAUUUCUGAAUGCAUUUGUGUAAAGUUUACAUACUGUAUGUAUAUCUCGUUAAUCUUGAUACUUUUGUUAA